AUAUGAGGGAAUCCAUCAGUAGAUCUUGUCACAGAAACAGAGCACUAGAUCACCUUCCAUCUCAUGAUCUGAUCUGUUUGCAAUAGGAAAGGUAGAUAGAGAAAAGGCUGGUGCAGGGAGUUGAAAUGGAAGGAGGAGCUGUGUUUGGCCUUCUGUCUUGUCUUACAUUUUCCAUUCCGCUGCCCAAAGGGAAAGGAAGGAGUGAGGGAAUCUCUGAGCACAAAGAAGACGAAUAAAAAUCCCAUUUUUAAUACUUCUCCCGUAACCCAAGAAAGACUACUCAGUGAAAGUACAAGGAACCAAUCAAAGGCGAUAGACAGAGAGAGAGAGGCCCGAUGUUGACAUAUCUUCUGUCACUGUUCUUAGACAGUCGUUCAUUUGUUGUGAGAGGCGUUCUUCUAUCUCGGAUCUCUCUCCUCUCCCUUUCGUUGUGGUCCAGGGGAUCUAAGUCCUUAGAUCUGCAGCUGUGUCUCCUGCCAAUGCCCAACUCCAGAUGCCGGGCUCUUCUCGGUAGCUCUUUUUGAUACCAAAAGUUGGACCUUUUUGGCCGAGACUUCGUUGUUCGCGGUGGCGAUACUGGCCCUUGGCUUGGGUUGUCGUCUCCUGGAUCGCUGUAGCCGUUGCCGGCCCUCAAACGGGUGGGGCACCUGGGAAGUUGGCGUUUUUCCAUGGCGGAAGGCCCGCGGCCGCUGGGAUUUUGGAUGUUCCGCGUUCUGAUGUUGAAUCCGCUGCAGCGAUGUCCGCGAGAUGGAUGAGAGGGAGGGGCGAUGUGGAUUGAGAUCAAUUCUUGUUUGAAGAAAUGGUUUGUUGAUGGAAAUUUUGCGAAGAAUGUAUGCUUGUUAGUAUGUGAGAUUAUCCCAAUUCAUCACCAUGGAGUUUAAAGCCCUCUUGCCAUUCAAGCCCCUAAAGAUUUCCCCUUAUGCCAAUUUGCUAUUUGUUCUGCUGAUGGUAUUUCAAAUGGUGAAUUUGGACUUGAGAACAAGGAUUCCUUCAUCUUCAACUGCUGGCCUUAAGAUUGGCAACUCUUGUUGUACCUCUUUUGUGAUUCUAGGAACCUUUUCUUUGUGCUUACUAUUUACUAAUUAUUAAUUCUGAUUCUGAUAAUGAUGCAUGCCAGAUUUUGUUCUACGUUUUGGUGGAUUUGGCAUGUCUCAGUUUCAGGAUGUAUUCAGCUUUCCGAAAUCCUCGACUAGAAGCUUCUUUCCUUGUCAUUCGAUUAGUGCUCUCUCUUGCAUUUUCACUUUUAGGUCUCUCCAUCACUAGACAAUCAAUCUGGGGCUUUCUUGAGAUUAUGAUCUUCAAGCACCUGCUUUUGACCAAAUUUAGUAACUUUGGCUGUGAAGUCGAACAUUGUCAUGUGGGUGUUGAAGUAGCCGCUUUUGGAAAAUCAUAUUUCUUCUGUUCAGCCUUCAGAUAAUUUACUUGCUGGAUGCUGCAGCGCCGAUGAACAAUUCUGCAUCCAGGAUUUGAUGGGAAUUACAUCCAAGUGGCUGUAGCCUAUUGCUAACUGGACUGCUUUAGGAGUCCUUUUUAGCUUGCAAUAUAGCCAUACAGGCUUUCCACGAUCAUCCCAGCAUGUCCUGGUCCCCAAGUCAAUGCCAAAAUCUGUACUAAAGGAAUGGCAACAAAAGUGCAGAAUAAAAAUUACCUUCCAGGAUAUUGUUCCAUGCAGGAUGUUAAGGAGGAUGCAACAAGCGGUUGGUAUACUUACUUUCAGGAUAAGAAAUCAAGUGAGUAUCUCCAUGAUAGUUACGUACCAAAGCUGGUGAAUGGAAACUCAGGGCAGGAUAAAGAAAUGUUAAAGCAGAUGAUGCUUGAACAUGACACCAUAUUUAGGAACCAGGUAUUUGAACUUCAUCGUCUUUAUAGAAUACAGAAAGACUUGAUGAAUGAGUUUCAAACUAGAAGGUUUUAUCAGCCUUCUAUGGUGGCAGAAGCAUCACACUCAAAUUGUUUAUCUCAAAUGCGAACAGAAUGCACUGGAGGAAUGUCAGAUGUUUCUCACUUUACCAUAGGAAAUACCAGCUAUGGACAGACACCUGUUGCAGGCACUGAGAGGCUUCAGGUCAAUUUUACAAGGGAAGGCAGCACUCAAUCUGAUCAUAUCCCAUUAUCAAAUGAUGCUUCUCCAAAGGGCAUCAAGCAACUAGACUACAGGUCUCAGAAGAGGAGAACGUUUGACCUUCAACUGCCAGCUGAUGUAUAUAUAGACAUUGAAGAUAGUGAUGAAUAUGGGCAGACAAAUAUCACUGAGCCAUCAUGUAGUUCUAGUAUUCUCAAGAAUGGAACUUGCUCUCUCUAUUCUGAGAAUGAUGUGAAGCUCACUCUAGCGAGUAGUCACGGAGAAGACCAUUACAUGUCGAAGUCACCAACACAAGUCAGUGUAUCAGCCUGCAGCACAGUCGAUAUAAGUAAAUCUACAACAGAAAUGUGUUUUGAGAGACACGAAAACUCUGCGUUUGUUCAGUUACUUGGCUUCAAGACACACAGUGAAUGUAGCCAAGGGCACCAUUCUUCGGUGAGAUCAAAUACACUUUUUGUGGAUAGGCACAGUGAUCAACAGGCUACUUCAGAGUUCUUGUAUGCGAAUGUACACACAAAAAGAGAAUGGCCAUUCUCUAGUCAUGAAUCUGGUGGGAAUGGGAGCUCUGUGUUUUUUCUCGAUCAGACAUCCUAUAAUUAUGAUGUCUCAACAUCUAGAGCAUUACAAUUGAACACUAAGAGAUGUGGCAGAAGUUUUUCAUUUGAUUGUAAUAACCCGGAGAUACGAUCUAGACAAGAGUCAACUCAUGAUGUCCAGGCACCUGUAAGGGCCCCUCACUUUACCUGCUCAAAUUCAGGUCUGAUGUCUCCUUCAAUGCCUUCUUCAAUCACAAUUCCCCAGGCCGAUUCAACCAGUUAUGGAUCUUCAUUUAUUUCAUCUUGGAGAAAACCUGCCACCAGCAUAAGCAACGAGACACUUGCGAUUCAAACACUUCCAUGCUGCAGUGGAUCAUCAAAUCCUAGUAAUGAGAUGUUGAGUUCCAAGGUAGAUGCUCAGAUUCCUAUUCCUUGUGAAUGGUGGCAAUAUGGUAGGAACCUGACCACAAGCCAAGAAUCUGGUUUUGAUGUCUAUCGGACAAAUGGAUUUCACCAUGGUUUUCGACCAGAUUCUCAUUUUGUACUACAUUCAAAAGUUGUAUCUAGUGGGCCAGACCAGACCGAUGAUAGUAAUGAAGGACUUCAUGAUUAUACAUCUGGAAGCUGUGUAAAGGGUUUUGCAAGCAGAGAUUUGAAAAGUCCAACAAACAUGAACAUAAAUCAAGUAUUUCCAAGUGGUAUUGAAGAUGUUGAGGAUAAAUACGACAAAUUGUCAGUGGGUUCAUCUUGUCUCGGAAAGAAGAUAUCUUGUAAUUUGUCUGUUGGCUUGAACAAACAUGCCUCCAAAGUGGCUUUUAGCUUCUCAAGUGGACAACCUCAGCUUAAUUCCAGAUCUGAUGCCGUUGCUCCAGACAUUGGGAGGAAAGUAGAAAAGGAGCUAGAUUAUUCUCUCUGUAAUCUGCAGGAAGUCAUGCCAAGUUGUCAGUUUAAGGAUCACAAGAUGCAGGGAAAUGAAGUUUCUGAAAACAAUGGCGAAAAAAUCCUUCGUCUUUUUGUUCAUGAUAAAAAUCAGCAAAUUAACAUGUCUGUUUCUGUUGGACAUAUGGAAAAACAUUUAACUGACAAUACCAAGAUUAUGAUAAAUGAUGACAUGACCUUCACAGACUUGGGAUGUGAUCCAAAAGUCCUAAAAUCGCAGACAGAUAUUCAUGUUGGUGACUCGGUCACUGAAACAUGUCAUGGGGAGUGCAAACGGAGCUUUAGGAAUCACAUUGAUCUGAAUGUUGAGUUAGCAUGUACAGAUUAUCCCAUAUCUUCAGUGAAACUACCUCAAGGCGAGAUAGUGGUUCAGUCAUCACACUGUAUACCAAGCUUUGGUGCAAAAAUUGCUUCUAACAUUGAUUUGGAGGCACCGAUAUCCCAGUAUGAAAUGGGUAUCAUAAAUAAGCAGAGAUACAUCCCAUUAAGCGAGAAAGAUGGUUCAAAGGAAAAGGACUACUCUGUCGAUGCACUAAUUAGAUUGGCUGCAGAGAAUUUGGUUGCUAUUUCUAUAGAUUGCAAUGGAUGUUUGCCUGGAUUUGACACCUUGUCUUGGUUUGCGGAAGUUGUAUCAUGCAGUGCAGAAAAUCCAAUGCUUCUGGGUAAUGUGGGAGAUGGUGGUACAAAAUCUUCAGAUGAUGAUGAUUUUGAUCUUUUUGAAGCCAUGACGCUGACCCUUGAAGAAAUUAAGGUGGAUCAGUAUUGGUCUAGACCUAAAGAGCUCGAUGACAAAGAUGUUAAGAAAGACAAAGGAGAUGUAGGUUUAGCUUCAUUGCUUCUCACAAAGCCUCGGCGUGGCCAGGCACGAAAGAGGAGGCAGCGGAAGGACUUCCAGAGAGAUAUCCUGCCAGGGCUAGCAACACUGUCAAGGCACGAAAUAACAGAGGAUCUUCGAACCAUUGGGGUGAUGAUGCAAGCAACAGGUAGCCCUUGGCAGACAGCUUUAACAAGAAGGACCAAAGGUCAGAAUCAAAUGACCUGCAGAGCAAAGGGAAGGAGGCAACCUAGAAGUUUGGCCAUCACCAUCAAGGAGAUUCACGUCAGCCCCCCUCUGCAUCCACAACCCGGUAAUUUUGAAGUAGGAGUUAAUGACAGGAGCAUGAUCGGAUGGGGAAGGAUAACAAGGCGGCCGCGCAGGCAGAGAUGCCCUCUUGGCAGUCUCCCUCUACCUCUAACUUAGGAGGAGCACCAAAGUUGCAAUGUUCAUUCCAUGGAGGAAUUCAACACUUUUGUUCUUUGAGGUGCAAAUGGAAUUAUUAUAUAUCGUCUUCAUAAGCUUGUCGGUUUCAGAAUAAAUGCUGCAUUGCUUCAUGAAGCUGCGAAGAUUCUGACUGAAGACUAGAGAAGUGAACUAGUUCAGUGAUUUCCAUGUAAUCUAAACUCAUUGUAAAACUGCUGAUUGAUAUGCUGCAUUUCUUGCCCCUCCUUCUUGUUGCUGCUGCAACAAAUCAAAAUGCUUUUUUAUGUGGAUCUGCCAUGGUUCCUCUCACUCAGACAUGAUAUUUAGAUGUUGGUUUUUCUGCA